UAAAAUAUCUCCAGAGCAGUUUCUUUAUAACCAUACUUCGGAACAUGCAACCACCAGUGACGUGUUUUUUUUUAUGCAAGUUAAGAAUCCAAACAGAAUUGUAUAUAAAUACAUUGCAUAUCAGUCAAGAAAGUUAGGAGAUACAGAAACGAAACGAAAAUGGAUUUAAGAAAAACAUCGUUGGUUUUAUACAUUCUCUUAAUCUUUCAUCUUCAGCACAAUUUUCCUUCCGUUAAUUCAAAGCCUUCCUCUAUUGAUACGUACUACAAGAGUCUUCAUCUCAGAGCCACAAAACCAGAUGUUGUUGGUUUUGAAAGAAAGAAUCAAGAAUUAGUUGUAGUUAUAAAAAACGAAGGUGGUGGAGGAUGGCAUCGCUUGCUUGGUUGGCGUGGCGGCGGCAUCGGAAUAGGAAGCGGUGGAGGAUGGCGUGGCUGGCGUGGCGGCAGCGGUGGCACCGGAAUAGGAGGCGGUGCAGGAUGGCGUGGCUGGCGUGGCGGUGGAGGAUUGCCUGGCAGUGGUGGAGGAUUGCCUGGCGGCGGUGGCGGCGGUGGAGGAUUGCCUGGCGGCCGCGGCGGAAGCACGGGAAAAGGAGGCAUUGGACCUCUAAUUCCGAUUCCGAUGCAAACUGGUGAUCGUGGUACUGGUGGAUCUCACCGUUCAAGCAGCAGCCGGAAUAUUCGAGGGGGAGUGUGUGUUGUAUGUUGGUUGAGUUUAUUGGUUUUAGUCAGUUUAUUAUUGGUUUAGAAGGGUCUUGAGUAUUUGUUGGCCGUUUAAAUCAAAAUAUGUGAGGUCAAUGUUUGACAUCAGGUCUAGUUUGGUCUGAGAUUGAUUGGGCCACUGGUAAGUAGGUAAAAUGUUAAUUAAGG